UUCAGCAGUGUUGCCAUAUAGUCACAAAAAUCUUUCGCAUAAAGAAGUAAAACGUAAGAAUUUUCCAACGCAAUUUUCGCUACGAAAUCGGCAUUUAAAUAAUGUAAAAAGUGUGACUCGCGAUGCGUGCGGCCUAGAAGUCGUCACCCCCCAAAAAACCGAAACCCCGACCCCCCCGAAACACACACAAAACACACACACAUCUGCAAGCUGCGAUUGUUCAUAAAUUUUAAUUAAUUCAAAAGACGGAGGAAAAAAAACCAACAACAAAAGCGAACAAAACACCGGAAAGGCAAGGAAAAUUAAUAAAAAUCAAUAGAGCGUCGAGCGGGAGGAGAUAAAAAGUGUUAUCAGUGCGAAUUAAUUGGCUGCAAAGAAGAGGAGCAGAAGGAGGAGAGCAGCGGAAGAGGGAGGACGAGGAGCAGGAGGUGGGCUCCGGAGAUUGAGGAUUGGGGAGCUCCAAGUCCGUAAUCCGUAAUCACCACCAUGUCCGUGCAGCAGUUUUGCCUGCGCUGGAACAACCACCAGCCGAACUUCAUCUCGGUGUGCUCCUCGCUGCUGCACAAUGGCACCCUGGUGGACGUCACCCUGGCGGCUGAGGGUCGCCAGCUGCAGGCCCAUAAAAUAGUGCUGUCCGCCUGCAGUUCGUACUUUCAGGCUUUGUUUACCACAAAUCCGUGCCAGCAUCCCAUUGUAAUCCUGAAGGACGUGCAGUACGAUGACCUCAAGACCAUGGUGGACUUUAUGUACUACGGCGAGGUCAAUGUGUCGCAGGAGCAGCUGCCGCACAUCCUCAAGACCGCCGAGAUGCUCAAGAUCAAGGGUCUGGCGGAGAUGCCCACGGAUCCGGCCAAUCUCACCAAGUCGGACAGCAAGUCCUCCACCGACGGCACCGAAUUGGUGGGCGGCUCGGGCGUAGGCACUGGAGCGGGCACCUCGGCUGGAAGCUUGGGUGCAGCCAGUGGCAGCAGCGUGGGCGACUCCCUGUGGAGCAGCAGCGAGGCCCAGCAGUUCCAGCAGCAGCAACAACAGCAGGCCCAGCAACAGGCGCAGCAGCAGCACCAUCACCACCAGCAACAACAGCAGCAGUUGCAGCAGCAGCAGCAACAGGCGCAGCAGCAGCAACAACAGCAGCAGCAGCACCAUCACCACCACCAUCAGCAGCAGCAGGGUGUCCAAGCGCAGGCGGCGCAGGCGCAUCACCACCAGAUGCGACGUACCCCGUCGCCCUUGAGCGCCGGCACCUCGCCGGCCACCAGGCGCAAGCGGUUGCGCAAAUCCUCGAAUAACGGCUCUGGCGAACGCAACAAUGCGGAGGAGCAGCACAAUAGCUCACUGGACGCUGGCAGUGGUGCUGGCAAUGCCGGCCUCAGUCUCGCCCAGAUGAGCCAGAUGUCCUUUGGUACGGGCGGCGGUCUCGCCGGCCACUCACUGCACGCGGCCAAGCUGCUCAAGGAGUCGGCCAGCGCUGAGCUGGAGCAGCAGCCGCAGGAUUCGGAUCUAGACGACGGACACGGACACUUACACAUGCAAAUUGUAAUGAAAUUGAAGCCCGAAGUUGACAUUGGCGGCGUGAACCAAACGAUGCCCCUGGACAUAUCCGGCGGCACCACACCAUCCGAGCACGAUGCGCCGAACUCGCAGUCCUCGCACUCGGGUCUGCAAUGGACAGUUGUCGAUUCCAACUAUCCGCGCUUCUCCCUGCCCGCUUGCCAGUCCAACUUGCUGGGCAACGGCGGUGGCAGCGGUGGUGGUGCCGGCAGCCAGAGCAGUGGUGCGAAUAGCGCUGGCGGCGUCAAUAGCGACCAACGGCAGCAGCACGAGGCCCAGCAGCAGGCCACCCAGCAGCAGCAGCAUCUGCAGCAGCUGCACUACCAGCAGCAGCAGCAACAACAGCAGGAGCAGGCCUCCGCUUCCGGACAAGCCUACUCGUCGCAGAUCAUCACCGUGAACAACCUAGUCGGCAGCUAUGCGACGGCGGCCCAGAACCUCUCGCCCACCUCGCCCAACGAGUCGAACAUGGUGCAAUCGGUCUACAGUCAGGGACCCACACCCACCCAGUCCCCCGUGCAUGCGGGCGUUGGCGGAGCCAGUGCCGCCGGCGUAGGAGCGGGCAAUGCCAAUGCUGGAAACGGUGGAGCCCCUGGCGCGGCUAAUCAGGUGGUGAAGCGCAAGCGGUCGGUGAAUCCGCAGGGAGAUGAGAAUUUCAUUCGUGCCCUGGAGGCGGUGCGCACGGGUGGCAUAGGAUUCUGCAAGGCAGCUCGUCUGUACGGCGUGAACAACAGGACCCUGUGGCUGGAGUACAAGAAGCGGGGCUAUCCGGUGUCACGGCCCAGCAUCAAGGCACGCGUGGUCAAGCAGGAGCCGAAUCUGUCGCCCUCGCCCACGCCCUCAACGAACCAGGGCGAUGACAACACCAACGAGACGCUGAGCAUGCAGAUACCACCACAGGCGGAGACUCCAACGCCGUCGCUCAUGUGCACUCCGCAUCACGCGGGCCUGGGCAGCGGAGCCGGAAGUCUGCCGGGCGGAGGAAACUCUCAUCCGGCCAUCGGGGUGAUGAGCCUGUUCGAUCCGCGAUACAUGGAUUCGCCUGGAAACGUGCACUCGAUGACGCGGCAGCGGUACAUCGAAGCCACCGGCGGGGGAGCGGGUGCAGGAACGGGCACGGGCACCGGCACCAUCAACGUCAAUCCGACCACCGCCAUGAAUCUACAGAGUAUUAACUUCAACUCGAUAUAGAAUACGAUUUCGAGCCAGGCGGGGACGGCCACUCUGCUGCAGGCAGCCGCCGUGAUGGCCGCCAGCGAGCCAGCGGAAUCCCUGAGCAUAUCAGCCAUGCCCGUCUCCGUUCCCAUGGGCAUGGCCCACAGUUUCCUCAUCAACAACUUUGUGACGGUGGCUGCACCGCCGGUGGCCACGGUGACCAGCACGGGCCUGCAGUACUUGGACAAGUCGUAGGUCCUAAAAGAGAGCCACCAAAUCGAUCGAUACAGGUAUUAGAGAAACGGCAGCAAUCUAGUGUAUAUAGCGGACCGCUUUUACGGCAGAGUGGCAAUAGGAUAAAUGUCGGCCAAGGAUAUGAAGGAGCAAAAGUGGAAUCGGAUUACUGCGCUGAGCUGAGCUAAGCAGAGGAGGACGAUCGCAAAAGGACUGGAGAGGAGCGGAGCGAAAUGAAGGAGGGAGAUCAGGCGAGCCGGCCGCACUUGUAAUAAUUUCUUAGAACCUAAUUCCUUAAGCUUAAAGUUUUGAACCCUACAUUUUUACGAUUGUUAACUAAGAAAUCGGUAGUACAGAUCUUCGAUAUAUUAUAUAUAGAUAUAUUACGUGUAAAAGAAUAAUGUAAUUGUACAUAAACUAUACAAUUUUAUUAGUGUUAAUCGCGAACAUCAAAUGAUUUGUAAAAGCAACUGCAGCUAAAAAAAAGUGGUGCUGUGUGCCAGCAGCCGAUCAAACCUUUCGGAAUCCGUUCCAUAUUCCACUUUUUGUAAUGCAAACAAGCAAUGGACGAAACCAAAAAUUCUAUCUGUAUUCAUAACGAUAAACUUUAAGGACAAAAUGAGAUUUAUUGGCAAAUUUCUGGAAACAAAUUUCCCACAUCCUGGGGUUUGCUAGGCUCUGGCGCAUCAGAAAUAAGUUUUCUUCCUCGUUUCGAAAAGAAAUUUCAUUUCUGCACUUGUGUUACAAUAGCAAAUAUCAGUAUGUAGGUACAUUUCUGUGUACAUUUUCUGUGUACAAUGAAGCGAAUCCACUGUAUUUGAAGCAUAAGCGUAAUCGUUAGCGAACCUCCGACUCUACACCGAAUAAAGUAAUAAACAGCGAGAGAUCUGAGAAUCGCAGGACCGCGUACAAUAGACUAAGCCACUAGAUCAGAGGAGGAGCAUGUAAGAGAGCCGGAUAUGUAUGAUAAAUAUGUACCAAUCAAUAUAUAUGUAUAUAUAUUUAUAUUUGUGAAUCUAACCACAAUUUUUUUAAAUUUUUUUCCGAGUUAUUUGAGGUGUCAGCCCCUGUUCUUAUGGAUGCGCUGGCACAGGGUUUUAAGGUGAUCGACUCUAGGUUAUAUAUUUCCAAAUCCGACAACAACAUAUCUAAGAGGGGGGCCAUUUUCGAGGGGACUCAUUUAUUUUGGCACUUGGUUUUUUACAAUUUCUUUGUACAUAGGCAAUGUACAUAUAGAGACGCGACAAGAGAGAGCGAUCGAGAUCGGUAAUGGAUUACAAGAUACAGAUACGCAAACAAACGAAACUUAAAGAUAACUCGUAACCACCCAAAAUCCUAAACGGAGACUGCAGCUAAAGGCAAAUAGAAAACCAAAACACAAACGGAAAACGCAUACGAUUCCGGUUAUGAAUAACGAUUACGAAUAGUGUGUUUUUAAUACGAUUCAUAUAAAUAUUGUAACUAAUAGAGAACUUUUUAUAUUGUGUCAAGGCAUACUAAGAACUAAGCGUGAUUUGUUAGAAGUCAUAGAGUAACGUAAACUUUGAUAAUGGACUUUUAUUACACUCGCCCACACACAUGAUAUAUAUAUCACAUAUAUACCAUGGGGGAUCCCUACGAUCCCGACCCGGAUCCCAGAUCACAGAACCACGGAAAAAUACGAAACAACCAUACAGAACAGAACCGAACACGGAUGAAACAACGCGAAAAUAGCAGAAACAAUAAGCAAAUAUUACUAACUCUGUUUCCUACAAUUGCAAAGUACCAAUAACUACGCUAGUUAUGUGUGUUAAAUAUAUAUAUAAAUUAUUUAAAUCAGCGCAAGUGCAUAAAUGAACCGAUUGUAUUAUAAGUUGCAUGUACCAUACCAAGUAAUGCGAUCCCCAAACGAAUAUCGAGAUGGAACGAACAUUCUAGACUGUAGUCGAUGUGCAAGAAACGAAUAAACUUUCAAAACUACAACGUA